AUGGAUGUCAACGAGAACCGCCAGCGUGAAAACCGAGUGCUUUGCAUUUUCAUGACCGCCCUAGGCUUGCUCUUCGUGAUCUUGCGACUUCUAGCGCGGUGGAAGAAGGGCUUAUCGGUUGGACCGGACGAUUAUACCAUACUGUUGUCAAUGGUAUUUCUCUGCGCAAUCUGCGGUCUCAAUUUGGCCAUGAUUCACUAUGGAAUGGGCCGACACGCAGACGCCCUGCCGACCGAGAACGUCAUAAAGAUCUCCAAGCUGCUCGUGGUUUACGAAUGCGUCUAUUGCACAACCGUGGGCAUCAUCAAGGUCUCCAUCCUCCUCAUGUACGCGCGGAUCUUUCCAACGCGGAACUUCCGCAUCGCUUCUCUCGUCCUCGGCAGCAUCGCAGUCUGCUGGGUCAUGGCAAUCAUCUGUGUGAGCGUGUUUCAGUGCGCUCCGAUCGCGAAGGCCUGGGACCAGCGGCUCCCAGGCAGCUGCAUCAACCUGAAGGGAUCGUUCAUCGGCAACGCAGUCCCGAACAUUGUGACUGAUGUGGCGAUCCUCUCAUUACCAGUGCGUGUAGUCUGGGGUCUGCACGCCUCCCUUACGCAUCGACUGUCGGUGAUCGCCGUAUUCCUGCUGGGCAGUUUCGUUGUGUUCACCAGCGCCUACCGCUUCUCCACGCUCUUCCAGUUCGAACCAGCCGACACCCCCUGGACACUUGCCACGGCCAACACAUGGUGUCUCAUCGAGUGCGCAAGUGGGAUCAUCUCCGCCUGUCUCCCGACCCUGCGGCCGCUGUUUGUGGCGCUCUCGUCCAAAUUCGCCAGCAGCGUGGGAGGAGGCUCGCGCGGACGAUCGGUCGAGAAUGGCAUCAAGGACUCCGAGCUCCAGAGCUUAGAUGCCCUCAACCCCACAUUGCGGCCGCCUGGCGAGCACCUAUCCAGACAGCUUGUGUUGAUGGAUGUAAGCCAGCGGGAUAACGCUUACGGGGAUGAGGUGCCGCUGAAUACAAUCCGAGUACAGCGCGAGAUCACUUGGCAGGAGACGAGGGACAUCCAUCCGCGAGAACGUAAAUGA